GUAGCACACACUGCUGCGUGGAGUCACUUCCGUUUUCAUAUUUUCAUAUACAGCAUUCUGCCUUUUCUUCGAGUCCUUUGGACCGAUUUAGCAACAACAACACUCCCUUUGUUUUAUCGGUUUCAAAGUUUUGUGAGCACGGUAUCUAACCAACCAUAUGUUCCAUGUAAGUCCAGAUAGCUAUCAAAUACUGAAGUCUAGUCGAUCACACCGCCUUCCCGACGUACGAACCUAGGAAAGCUUGGUCAAGCGUCUCAGACUCUCAUUGGAUGUUCCAACGCGGAUAACAUACAGAGUGUAAGAAAGCGUUUCAGAAGCAGCCAGUGGCAUUCGGCAAUUUUGUCCGCAAUACCCGCCACCAGCGCGCUGGAGACACCACGACUAGCACACUCUAGGCAGCAUGUAUAAGUCUUCCCGACCCUGUCUGUUCGCCAUCGUUCUGCUCUCGGGCGCAACAUUUGCUGACCCCGCCAGGGAACUGGAAGCCGAAUGCAGCCCACCAACAGCCUCCGCUCUAUCUCCUGACUCGUUGCUGUCGUCGGAUAACUUCACCUUCCGCACGGAUCUGCUAACGCAAGAGGAAUGUCAUGCAUAUGUUGCUUUGAAGAACAGCACAACGUCCCUGUACUAUCCAAAAAAAAAAAUCCAUUCACAGUAUAUAGAUAUAAACAUCUACUGUCCUGACGACGGGCGGCCGGGACCGAUACCUGAUGCUCCGACGUUCAUUCGCGCGUGGUGUUCCUAUUACAAUCGGUCCGACACCGCCCGCUUGACCCGCCACAUCCGCCGGAUCAGCCCCGGUCGUGCGGUGCUCCUGCUGUUCAAUGAAGGCGCUGAUGCGGACGAUUCACUUCAUCCUGACGUCAUCGGCCCGGUGCGUGAUCAGCUACUGGAACUGAGCAUAACGCCCUGCGUCACACCGCAUGUCACGGCCAAAAUCCACGCUGUCGGGCCACUGCCCCAUUUGGUUACACUAGAGCUGGAGCUCGGCCGGAAUCUGGUAAUAAAAAAGCAGCAUUUUACCGGGAUGCCGCAAGUACGACAGAUCACGUGUUAUAAUUGCACGAUUGCACGAUUGCACGAUUGCACGAAUGCACGAUUGCUUCACUGGAAGCGUACACGUUCACCGAUCUGCCGCAGCUCGACUUCCUGGCGUUGGAGAACGGACUGGGGUGGGAUUUGCAGCGACUACAGAAAGAUCCCCGUGACACGCUACCAGUUUUACUGACUCAGGCUGAUUUUUGUCGUCGUACGUCGUCUGCAUUGUGACUGCUCGCUGGCGUGGUUCCGCAACUUUCUGAAGCACAAGUCGCACUUGACAACCUCUAAGAGACAAGGCGAAGUGGUGGUGAUCGAGAGCUACACGACGCCAUCGGUUGGGCACUAUUGGGAUGAGUGGCCGCUUAUCUUCAGUGUGGAUUGUUCCCGUGACCUGACGUACGAUAACAUUCGAGCUGGUACAGAUUUCUCAUACAACACUUCUUGUUAUUCCAUGGCGCAUUGCUAGUGUCUGAUGUCAGUGAACUGUUAAUUAAAUGAUGA